AUGGGAGCGCAAGAACAGGACCCGGAGACGAGCUCGCGGACGUCGAGCCGGCGCCGCAUCCCGCAGAUCAAGGACUACAAGCUCCGCGAACAACAACAGGAGAAACAAGACCAGGAAAUUCAACUGCAAAAAUCGCGUUCGCAGCGUCAGAACGAUGAUCAACCACAAUAUGGCGACAACAACCCAGCAUGUGUUCCACCGGCAUCGAUGAGCAUGCGUCCACCUCCCAGGCCCGUUCGGACCAUCUCCGUCUCGACUCCGAGUGGAGAAUCGAAAAAUGUCAAGGAAAAUGAGGGCAACGAUGACAGAUUCUCCCGUCGGGACAAGUACAAUGUCGGAUGGCGACGAGUAGUGCGCAACUUUAGCCCUUCCUGGUUCUCCGUAACCAUGGGCACAGGCAUCGUCGCCAACCUCCUGGAAGGCAUGCCAUACAACGGCGUCUGGCUCUACUGGCUCUCGAUCGUCUUCUUCGUUCUCAACACCAUCCUCUUCACGCUCGCCUUCGCCACCUCCAUUGUGCGGUACACGCUGUACCCGGAGAUCUGGGGCGUCAUGAUCCGCGACCCGAUCAACUCACUCUUCCUCGGCACCAUCCCCAUGGGCUUCGCCACGCUGAUCGAGAUGUGGGUGCUCGUCUGCGUGCCGGCCUGGGGCCCGUGGGCGGCGACGUUCGCCUGGGUGCUCUGGAUGAUCGACACCGUCGUCGCGGCGGCCGUGACGCUGUCGUUGUCCGUGCUGCUGAUGAUGCAAACCCACGAACUCAAAUCCCUCGAGCGCUUCACAGCCGCACAGCUUCUCCCCAUCGCGGCCACCAUCGUCGCGGCGGGGACGGGCGCGCGCGUGGCGGAGAUCCUGCCGGACCCGCAGUGGGCGCUCGGCACCAUCAUGACCAGCUACGUGCUGUGGGCCAUGGGCACGCCGCUGGCCUUCGUCGUCAUCGCCAUGUACUACCAGCGGCUGGCGGUGCACAAGAUGCCGCCGCGCGAGGUCAUCGUGAGCUGUUUCCUGCCGCUGGGGCCGUUGGGGUUCGGCGGGUUUGGCAUAAUGUACCUCGGCAAAGUCUCCCGCGACAUCUUCCCACUCACUGACACACUCGACCCGACAGCCGGCUCCGUCUUCUACGUGCUCGGCUUCCUCAUCGCGCUGAUCAUGUGGGGCUUUGGGUUGGUGUGGUUCUUCAUCGCGCUGGUCUCCAUCUGGGAGGCGCGGCCGUUCCCGUUCAACAUGGGCUGGUGGGGUUUCACCUUCCCGCUCGGCGUCUUCGCCACGUCGACCAUCCAGAUCGGCGUCGAGAUGCCGUCGCGCUUCUUCAAGGUACUGGGCCAGGUCUUCAGCGUCGCCGUGAUAUUGCUAUGGUGCCUGGUCGCGGCGCGCACGGCAAAGGGCGCGUGGACGGGGAAGCUGUUUUUCGCGCCAUGCUUGGCGAAUCUGAAAAAGGAUGGGGAGGAUGGGGGGAAUGCUGGUGGUGGCCGGGAGGAGGAGGAGAGGGCGUGA